UUCCAUUGUGAGUGACGUUGUAAAUGCAGUUUCACAAACUAAUGUCCUGCUGAAAUUCACCUCUACAGGAGGAUCCUUAUCAACAGCUAGCAGGAGAGCAUCUUAUAUACAGCAAGAAUUUCCUCUUGUUAUGCCAGUUGAGUUUCGUCUUGACAGAGAUAGUUCUGUUGUAUAUGUCCCCACACUGAAAAUGUUGCAGGCUUUGUUAAGAAAUAAGGAUAUUCUGGAUAAGGCGCUGCAUGUAGAAUGUGGUGCUUCACCAGAAGGAUACCACUCAUUCAGAGAUGGCUCUCAUUUUAAAGAAAAUGUUCUUUUGAAUGUGGAAGAAUUUAGGAUUGCUCUUGGGCUAUAUAUAGAUGAUUUUGAGGUUGCUAAUCCACUGGGAACAUCCAAGAAAAAACACAAACUAUGUGCAGUAUAUUGGGUACUUGCUAAUCUUGACUCCAAAUAUCGGUCAGCUCUCCACUCUAUACAACUUGCACUUUUAUGUAAGGUCAAGACUGUGAAGGAACAUGGCUAUGCAGAAGUUCUUCGUCCUCUCAUUCAGGAUCUUGUUACUCUUGAGGAACAUGGUGUGUAUGUUGAACAGCUAGCAGAAAGUGUUAAAGGAACUGUAUUGUAUGUAGCAGCAGACAACUUGGGGGCUCACGCUUUGGCAGGAUUCCAGGAGAGUUUUGCAGCACAUCUCUUUUGUCGGUUUUGUAUGUGUAAGAAAGAUGACAUACAGGAUAAGGAGGUCAGGUCAGGUCUACACCAGCCAAGGACAAGAGAGGACCACGACAGACAUGUGCAAGAGGUUAUACAUGACCAUACUAUGGCCAGACAUCUUGGUGUAAAAAGAGGGUGUCCACUGAAUGAAAACUUGAAACACUUUCAUGUGGUGGAUGGUUUUCCACCUGACAUUCUGCAUGACUUUUUAGAGGGUAUAGUACCAGCAGAAAUGUCACUCUGUCUUCAGGAUUUUAUGACCAAGAAGUAUGUUUCUUUGGACUGUUUGAAUAAGGCUAUUAAGCAGUUUCCUUACACGUUCUCAGAUAAAGCUGACCAACCACAGAUCAUUCCAAAGACCUUCAUCGCUAAGGGAACCAUUGUGGGCAACGGACACGAAAACUGGGCUCUCCUGAGGCUGCUUCCAUUGAUGGACCAUGGGAAGCUAUAAACUAAGAAUCAUCAUAAAUGAAGGGGACAUACGGAAAGUGUCACUGGACAGAAAACCAGAAACGGUUGAAGAGCUGAAGAUAAAAGUCAAAGAAAAAUGCAACCUGCAGGAUGACUUCAAUCUUAUGUAUGAAGACCCUGACUUUGGUUAUUCCCUCUGCAACCUAGAUGACAUAGGAGACUUGCCAGCUACAAAAGCAACUGUGAAGGUCAUUUCAUUGGUGACACUGACACUGGUGCCUGCUUCCACCACCAGCAUUUCUGAUGCCUCAAAUGUCUCAGAUGAUACAGAGAUUCUGUCGACAUACAGCUCAUCAUCAUCAACAAGACAAGAGCAAUGGCCAGA